GUUUUGAGUGAUUAGUUGGAUUUUGCAUUGCAUCUGGACAACACACGACGGCUCUUCAAUUCUUUCUCUGAUUUAUUCUGAUCCGGUCCGUUGUGCUCGUCUCGUCGAUUAGCGUGCCAGUUUCUCACUUGUUACAGUCCAGUUGAUUUCAGUUCAUUUGAACAGUGCCAAAUUCAAAGUGAAAUCAAGAAAACGAAACAUUUUCAACUCAAAUAAAAAUGUAUCAUUUAUUAACAUUUGUAUCGAUUUUGUAUGCCGUUAGCUUGACCGCGGCCGCCAAAUAUCCAUCAAAUUUGCAAAGGUGUCACUAUGGCGAUACAAGCUGUUUGACCACCGUCAUUAAUUCAUACGUGCGAGCACUAAAAGAUGGCAGUCGCGAUAUAAAUAUGGUACCAUUAGAUCCGUUGCAUGUCGACGAAGUGGACAUUAUUCAAAGUAGUAAAAGCCCGGUCAACAUCAAUCUCAAUUUCAAAGAUGUUCUCUUUCACGGUUUAAGCAAUUUGAAUGUAAAACAAGUGGUUGGAUUUGAGAAAGAUCCUACCACAUCGAAAUUCGAAAUCUAUGCAAAUGUUGAUCAACUCUCGUUAAUCGCCAAAUACAAAGUCAAAGGGAAUGUCAUCAUUUUACCCGUAGUUGGCAGUGGACCUGCUAAUUUAACAUUUGAAAAUGUGGAUUUUAUAAUAAAAUUUAUUCCAAAAGUUGAGAUCAAAAAGGGCAAACAGUACUUGCAAUUUUCUGACGUGAAGUUGGAUUUUACAACGACACGGCUUUACAUGCAGUUUGACAAUCUCUUCAAUGGGAGAGAUAAAGCGUUGAGCGAUGGAACUAAUGCAUUUUUAAACGAAAACUGGUCCGAUAUUCUAACUGAAUUGAAGCCCGUGCUGAGAAAAGCCAUCGGAAACAUUAUAAAUGGUGUUGUGGGCCCGCUGUUUGCCAAGUUCCCAUAUGAAACUCUCUUCUUGAAACAGAAACAUGCAAUUGAUCACAACCAAGAUUGCGUGAGAAAAAAAAUGUUAAGUGCGUUGUGUUCGUUAGUCUUGUUGCAUUUGUUUCAUCUGUGCAGUCCUGUUUUUGGCACGGCAUACCCUGCAUCACUGCCACAAUGCAAACCCGGUGAUACGGAGUGUUUGCGCACAGUAAUGAAUGAAAUCAUACGUACACAGGCAGCAGGACACGAGGGACUUGCAUUGAAGGCGUUUGAUCCAUUGAAGUUAGACAAGUUCUCAAUCGUACAAUCCGAUAAAAGUCCGGUCAACAUUCGUUUGAAUCUCCGCAACAUUACUGUGACUGGUAUUAAAGACAUUGUGGUGUCAAAAGUUGUUGGUUUUAAUGAAGAUCCGAAAACAACGAAAUUAGAAGUUACUGGAAAAACGAAGCGGUUAGUUUUUGUUGGAAAAUACACACUCAACGGACAAGUAUUAAUUCUACCAAUCGCUGGAAAUGGACUUGCCAAUCUUACUUUCGAAAAUGUUAACAUUCAUAUUAAAGUUUUUCCAAAAGUUGAGAUACGAGAUGGAAAGGAAUAUGCGAUCAUAGGAAAAGAUACGGUAAAAUGCAAAUUUACGACUUCAAAAUUCAUUCCAUAUUUUUCAAAUCUCUUCAACAAUGAGGAAAUAAGUAAAACUAUGAAUAUGUUUCUGCAACAGAACUCGGAUGAGAUCUUCAGAGAAGUCAAAGUAUCUGUGGAAAAGGAAGUUGGUGACGUCGUGAGAUCGUUAGUUGCCGGUCCGUUUGACAAAUUUCCAUACCGAAAUUUAUUCUUGCCAUAAGUGUAAUAUUGUGCAAAAUCGGGAAAUUUUUUCAAACUAAAAUCGAACAUAUUUCUUUUGUUGGCGAUGGGUUGACACUUCAUUUGUUCUCUGUACUAUAUUUUUUUGUAAAUAUUCCUUUUGUAAAUGAAUUUGCUUUUUUAUAAGAAAAAAUGUAAAUAAAAACUAACUCAAACCUACUCCUCCAA